GACAUUGGAGAAGUGGCUGUUUCUUGCAUUUACUGGCCACAAAAGAAGGAUUGGUUUAUCACGUCCACAGACUUUAUCGAGUUGAUUGAGGUGUGUCUGUUGAUGCACUUUUGCCGGGAGGAAAGAAACAGGAUCCGUCGCAAUCUUCAAUGCUUCGAACCGAUUACACUGACCAAAAAUGCAGAAAAAAAGGACGCGGAUCCCGCUUUUUUCUCCCGAGUCAUGGGCUACGACGAGCCCACAACAAGCAAAAUAGAAAAAGAUAUCAAAGUAUUUCGUUGGAACACGCUAGUGGCUGGUAUGAAUAAAGUGAUUAACAGUUUUGUUGCCAGCAGCACUACGUGCUCCAGGCCUCCAAAUAAAAAGUAA